AUGUAUUAUUUUAUAGCAAAUUCAGUUGCAAGAAGUUUUAUUGGUUCUUACAAUUCAACAGCCUCUACAUCAUCAACCAGUUCUUCUUGUCAGACUACCCAAGGCCUUUCCAGUCGUACUCCAAGGAAAGAUAAGCUCCGAAAAAUGUUAAGUCACCAAAAACAUAAGUAUAAUGAACUUCAACAAAAAUUUAAUAUUUAUAAAAAAAACUAUGCUAAUAACCAAAAAACUAUGGCUUCAUUAGAACAUUUUCAAUUAAUGUGUGAUAAAUUCCUUGAUAAAGGGUUUUCAAAUUUUGUUAAAGUUCAAUUCAAACUGAGUCUAAACCAAUCCAAAGGUCGUAGAUAUUUUUAUGAGACAAAACAAUUUGCUCUCAUGAUACAUUUUUUAGGCCCUAAAGUGUAUAGAUUUCUUCAAAAAUCAAUGAAUUUGCCUUCACCUAGAACUUUAAAGAGAACUACUGAAAACUGGGAAAUAAAUCCUGGUUGUAAUCAAUUUUUGUUUACAGUUUUAGCGAAAGUAAAAUCCAUGGAACCUAAGUAUAAACAAUGUGUGUUGUGUGUAGAUGAAAUGUCUCUUAAAUCUUCUCUUUACUAUGAUAUUAAAAAAGAUGAAAUCGUAGGUUUUACUAACCGUGUUCAUAAACAGUCAUAUUUCAUUGAAUGGUUGAUAAUUUGA